GGUCGUAUUGUCGUAACACAGACGACAGAAAGUUCCUUCAGCAUGGUUGUCUCAUGGUAAUUUAUAGUUGUGGAUCGCUCUACAGUCAUAUUUGCGUUUAACGCUUUUAAGUUAAUAUAUUCUUAAAGAUUUAUAUAUAUUUUCCAUAUACGUUUACUAUUGUCCGCGCUAACAUGCAUGUCGUAUAUCUGCGUUGAUUAUAGAAAGCGACAAAAUAACAUGUGAACAGAUAACGUUAGUUGUAUUUAUUAGAGCCAGUACGUGCUCAUUAUAAUAACAGUAAAGCUGAACGACACCCUGGUGUUUUAUCACUCAGGUUACCUAGAUAAAACCUAACAAUGUCUAAAGCUAAGCCGAAUAAACAUGCUGCUAGUGUUCAGACUAAUGGUCAAGCAGAGCAUGCUAAGAAGAAAAAGAAACCUGACAAGAAAAAGACGUUCUUCUACCACACGAAAUCUGCUGUAAAUAAGGAAAAAACAAAACCAAAAACUGUGAAGCGAAACAUUAUGCCCCCAACAGAAGUUCAAGAAUAUUCCUGCAACUGGAAGAGCUUACUGCAGACUCUCACUCCAAAUCCUGCAAAGAAGGAUGAGGGCACAAAACAGACGAAAGAUGCAAGUUUUAAAGGAAAUCAGCUUCAGAAGACGCAGUCAGUUUCCAAAGACUCUCGUAAACCAGAUAAACUCUUCAAAAAACCCCCACAGACUGUCAAACCGACUUCUGAGAGUUCUGGAAGAGCAGAGAAAGAUGGAGAUCAACAGAAUGGAAAAUACUCUGCUGGACACAAACAAUUUAAAGCAGAGAAGAGGAAAACAAAGGAUGAAAAAGAGAAACCAUUGAGCAAAAAGAAGAAAGUCGAGGAGGUUGAAAAGAAACCUACCGCAGAGUCUGAUAUCUGGUUUGAUGACGUGGACCCUGACGACAUCGAGUCCGCCGUGGGGGUCGAGGCCGCAGACAUCGUACGAAAGCGGAACGGGAUUCUGAAGUGCAAUGCAAAAACCACGGAGGAAUCGCUGGUGAAAGAGCAUGCGUUUGAGGGGUUGACUCGCGCUGUGGCUAUGGACUGUGAGAUGGUGGGGGUCGGAUGUGACGGGGAGGACAGCAUUCUAGCACGCGUCUCGAUCGUCAACCACUUUGGGAAGUGCAUCUAUGAUAAAUACGUCAAACCCACGGAAAAGGUUACGGACUACCGGACGGCCGUUAGCGGUAUCAGACGGGCGGACAUUGAAAACGGUGAGGACAUCAAGACAGUUCAGGAGGAAGUGGCUCAGAUUCUGGAAGGAAGAAUUUUAGUGGGACACGCCAUUCACAAUGACUUAAAGAUUUUGUUGUUGGGCCAUCCCAAGAAAAUGAUCAGAGACACACAGAAAUACAAACCAUUUAGGCAGAAAGUAAAGUCCGGGUGUCCUGCAUUGCGGGUUUUAUGCAAAGAGAUUCUCAAUGUUAAAGUCCAGCAGGGCGAACACUCAUCCGUUCAGGACGCUCAGGCCACCAUGAGAUUGUACACUAUGGUGAAGAAGCAGUGGGAGGCGGAGCUUAAAGCCGCGCGGGCGGGAAAAUAUAAGAAAAGUCCACGAAAACCCAAAGCUCCUAAAGAACACAGCAAAUGAACUCAGAUCGCCAAUAAAAACUCUUCUCUGUCGUCGCAAAUCACAACAGACUGAAGCGGUACAUCGAUCGGUGACAUGGAUCGUUCUGGAGUUACACAAUCUCGUCAGUUAUGUAAUGAUGAACUAUUUAAUUAACUGUCUCUACUGGUUAACUGUUUCUUGAUUUCAAGUCUGAACUUCUUAUUUGAGGAAUCAGACAGUCAAACCGGUCAGAUUUUCAGGUUAAAUGUGUGACUGUACUAUCAAGCCUGUUUAACACCAAGUAAUGUAGUUUUUCAUCCUGUAUAAAAUUUCAGUUUUCAGUUUGAACACUUAUUAAAGUCCUGCAACUGGAUGUGUUGUGCUGAUGUAUUCUGGGAAAUCACGUGCUGGGGUGUUCAAAGAGUCAGUUUUACUUUGCAAACAUUGAGUACAUCUAUAAUAAUGACAUUAAACUUGCUAAUUGGUAAUCUUACAAGUAAUAAUUACACUGGUGGUCAAAAUGUUUGUCAUAUGCCUUUUUAUAUGUUUGAAAGAACUGAAAAUACAGGAAAAACAGUAACAUUGUGUAAUAUUACAAUUUAAAAGAACUGUUUUCUAAUUGAAUAUUCCUGCAUCAUUCCUCCCACCAUUGUUGGAGAAGGUUACUUUUAAAAGCAAUUCAUUACAAUAUUGGGUUACUCCCCAAAAAAGGCAAUUAUUGUCUUAGUUACUUUUUUGUGAAAAGUAAUGCUUUCAAAAAACAUUACUUUUGUGUAACUUUUUUUCACCUGGGCUCAUUAAAAAGUUAAUACGCUGUAAAAUCGUUUCUGUACAGUAGAGGGUGCAUUUCCUACAAACCUUUCAGCUGUGCUGCUGUUCUGGAUUCAACAUUCAUACUUCUACAAUAAAAAACAGAACAAUUUAACCAAUGUGAAGUAUUUGUUUCAUAUUGGUGUGGUUGAAUUGGGUCAUCAAAGGUCAUUGGUUAAUAAAGUGAGAUUAAA